GGAAAGUAGUGGCAAAAUCUUUGACUUUAGCUUGGUGUGGUGUGUUGUUAUACGGAAGCCGAAUAAACACAAAAAUAUACUUGUUAGUAGAAGUUACGUUGGUGACUUUUAGCAGACCAAUGUUGACAAUUAACCGACGAGUAACAUCGUUUACGAGAGGCAAACAUUUAAGCCCUGUCGAACUCUUCUCUGGGUUUAUCUGGACAACCUAAUGAACGAGCUGAAGUCUUCUAACACUUCUCAAGUGCACUCAGCCCAGGCAGUCAUCAAUGGGAGUGGACAUGGGCAGAAGACUGCACCCAGCCUGGUUGCACUCGACACUGAGUUUACACCAACUGUGGAGAUGAUGGUGGAUGAUUAUGAUGAUGAAAGAACACUUGAUGAAGAAGAAGCAUUAGAAGCAACAGAGGAUCCAGCCACAGAACUAUCCACACUACAAAGAGAGGGUGACAUGCCCCUCGAAGAGCUCUUGGCAAUGUACGGUUAUGGAGAACGUGAUGCAGAGGGUGGCGCAGGGACAGAGGUGGAAUGCAGUGUUGGAGGAGGAAGUAGUGCAGCUAGUAGUAGCAGUUCAGAGGAAGGGGGUGCCUCGUCAUCAGGACUUCGACAGUUAUACACACCCAAUCUACAGCCACAAUGUGGUGGAGGUGGUGGUGCUGUGGGAAUAGGGAGUGGUGGGUCUGGUGCUGCCGGUGGCCCUGCACCAGAUGAUGACUGUGAUUAUAACCCUCAAGAAGAUGAGGACUGGCGAAAGACAAUCAUGGUUGGUUCUGACUACCAGGCAGGUAUUCCUGAGGGCUUGUGCAAGUAUGAUGACGCCUUGCCAUAUGAAAAUGAAGAUAAACUACUCUGGGAGCCAAAUGCACUGAAGGAAUCGGAGGUGGAAGAUUUCCUGGUACGUGCCCAAGAGCCUUCCCUGGGUGCAGGAGUGAGUGCUAUCCCAACAGGAGCACAUACCCGUGAUGAUGAACAAGCCCUGUAUCUACUGCUGCAAUGUGGUUAUAAUGUAGAGGAGGCCUUGCGAAGACGGCGUAUGAAUGCUCUCCCACCUGCUGAUACAAUGAGCUUGUGGUCAGAAGAAGAAUGCCGUAAUUUUGAAAAUGGGCUGCGCACAUAUGGGAAGGAUUUUCAUCUCAUUCAGCAAAAUAAGGUUCGAACGAGAUCAGUGGGUGAACUUGUGCAGUUCUACUACCUUUGGAAGAAAACUGAGCGCCAUGACAUAUUUGCCAACAAGGCUCGGUUGGAGAAGAAGAAAUACACACUACAUCCCGGCAUCACUGACUACAUGGAUCGCUUUUUGGAAGAGCAGGAGGGACACCGUGACCGUAGCUCGUCACCAAACAUUAAUUGUUUAAUUUACGGUGAUCCCAAACGUCGUGGUAGUGGGGGCACUGGUGCUAGUAGCGCUACAGAUGGCCAGACGGACAGUGCAGGACAGGACAGUACUGGCCAAACUUCUGUCACAGCUGGAAUUGCAGUGGAAAGCAGUGGUCUUGCUGGAGAGACUGGUGCGCGACAGGACACGACAGUAGCAUAAAAAAGAAAAGGAUCUUGUAAUUAUAUUUCACAAUCACAGACUAACGAAACUCUAUCAUCAUUGCACUGUUGUCCCUCCAGUGCACUUUGGUUCCUCAGUUCACAGGAAACUGUAUUUAACUUAUGAAGUUUUACAUCUUCAAGGUAUUUCACGUUUCACCAGCAUUUGCGUGACGUUUCUUUGAACUUGAAAAACUUAUGACAGUGGACUAUUACUUUGUGUUGUAGUCUUUUUAAUGGACCUGUCACUGGCACAGGCCAGCAUCUGAGAACUUUCUCAGUCCUUUCAGCUUUAAUUGCUUAAUUUCCUCCUCCACAUUAUUGAGACAAUGAAAUUGGUUCAAUAGGAUUGACAUGGGUGAUAAAGUAGUCAACUAAAGCAUUAUAUAUCAUUGGCUUGCAUAUAAAAAGCAAUGAUCUUGAGUGCUUUACCAAUUCCCAGGUUCUGUAGUUUCAUAUUUUGUUAUUGUUCCUGAAAUGUGUGAAAUUCUGAAAAUAUAUAUAUUUUGCUUUUUAUAUGCUGUGAACUUGUGCUAACAUGUAAUUUGAAAUUCUUAGGUUUCUUAAAAAUAAAUAUGUAAACACAUCUUGUACUCUGUGUGUGUGUGUGUGUGUGUGUGUGUGUGUGUGUGUGUGUGUGAGAGAUAGAGAGAGAGAGAGAGAGAGAGAGAGAGAGAGAACUUUUUAAAGUUAUAAACAAUGCCAGUAGUGUUGUGUAUAAUCGAGAUGUCCUAUAUGGAACAUGAUAUAUUAAUUUGAUUGUGUAUCAUUCACUUGUUCCUUGCUUUAUAUUGUAAUAGUCUUGUAGUUUCCCCUUACUAAAGCACAUUACUCUGCCCCUUCCUCCAUUAAAAAGUUUUGUUGGUUAUACCUGUUGCUGUUUCAUUGUUACUAUAAUGUCUGUAUUUAAUAUGUAUGUAUGUAUUUAAAGCAUUAAGUGAGGCAUCAUAUUAUUGACAUGGGUUCUAAUAUAUAAAAUUAGUUUGGGAUUAGUUAUUUGCUACUAUUAGUUGCAAAAUGCCAAACAAAUAAGAGUAAGCAUCUGGAAAGCAGAAUUUUGCUUUUUUUUCCCUGUAGUAUUCCCUAUUAGACUGUGAUAGAGAUCAACUACGCAACAAUCUGACUGCCAGUCGUAGAACAGUGCUGUGCUAAAAUAUUAUUUCCUUUUCUAGAUUUUUUUUAACUUUAUGUUCUCCUGAUAAGUAUACAUUUUUUAAAAUAAAAGUUCGGUAUGUAAAAUAAAAGAAGAUGCGUAGUUCUCUUCAGGUAACAAGAGUUUAUUAGAAGGACAAAAUCUGCUGCUGCUAUUACUUUGGAAAUGCCAGUGACAGGUUUUGUGUUAGGACUGUAGAAGUUUUACCAUUUAAACAAUCAUUUGAAUUUAUCAAUGUAUAUACAUAAUAUAUUUUUAUACAGUAUGUUAGAGUAAUACCUGUUUUAAAUACAUUGUAACUAAUUUUAGAAGAAAGAGUGUAUAUUGUAUGGGCUGACAUGCAGUUGUUAUUUCCCAUAUAAAUCAUUGUGUUGCGGCAAAUGCUUGGGAAUCCUAAAAUAUUACAAUUUUUACUAGGUCAUGUUUAAAUAGUUAGUACGUAAGUGAUGGGAUUUGCAUUUCCUGUAGAAUCCAAUUUUAUGUAGGUUUGAUGUGAUGUGAGAAUGAUGUGAAGAAACAGAAACAUUAUUUUUUAUACCUGUAUCCACUGGAUAUGGUAUUUUAAUAAGCUUUUUUUUGCAUAAUUGAACUGGCAAUGAAAUGAUAUAUUUUGAAUUAUAGUCCUCAUUUGAACUCCACUUCCAUUAUAUUUUCCAUUAAUUUGCUGUACAUUAUUACACUUCAUGGAAGCUUCAUAUGGUCUUUGAAUACAUUAUGAAUAUUUUUCCGUUUUUAUUGUAUGUAAGGGAAGGCAUGAUCAACAAAAACCACUGGAAUAUAUCUAAAUUUAUAAAAAAAAUUAUCAAUAACUGAAAAUGAACUGAAUUGAUUGGAGAGUAUUCUUCGAAUAGCAAAUGAAAAAAAAAAAAGGUGUGUUGUUUGUUAAAAUGUAGUUUCUUUUUUUCAGCCUUGAAACAUUCUUAUGUCAUAAAUGCAAAAGAGCAGAUACACUUAAAUAUUAACAUCAUUUCUGCAAGAUGAACAUGCAGUUUGUACAAGAAAAUGUCUCUGCAAUUGUCUGUUGUAUUCUAGUGAAAUAAUAGCAGAGGUACAUUCCCAUGCUUGGUCAGUUUUCUUCUUGUGGCAAUGAUGUUGCUAAUUUGAUUAAUGCAGCCUUUGUUAACUUACCUGGAACUGAGCAAAAUGGCACAGUGGUAAGUAACUGGGAUCAAAUCCUCCCCGUCCAACCAUCCUGAUUUAGGUUUUAAGUGGUUUCUAUAAAUUGCCAUAAGGGCUCCUCUGAAAAUGACAGGGCUAAUAUUCUCCACCAAUCCGAGCUUAUGUUUCAUCUGUUGUGAUGUCUUCAGUAAUGGAUCAUUAAGCCUUAAUCUUCCUUCUUCCUUUAUGACUUUAACAUUUAGUACUUCAGGCCAAUAAGUGAAACAAGUCAUGAGAAAAUAAUAGAGUACAACCCAAUGUAGCUGUGGUUUUGUCGUUUGCAUAAAAUAUUCUUGAAAGAUUCAGUUUUAUUUUGUGACACAAAAAGUGAAUCCCAACAGAGAAAAAAAUCAAAAAUUCACUCUGCGUUAGUUUGGUUGAGGCUCUUCCCUAUAUUUAUAGUUCAGUAACUGAAGGAGGCAGUGAUAUUAUGGAAGUUGUUUUGACAGUUAAUUAAAAUCCAACAGGAGACAAUGCUGAAUAAGAAAAUUAUGGUUUCACAAUUACUCUACUGCUUUUUCUCAAUUAUUCUACAGCAAUUGUUAUGUGCUUCCAGAAUUAUUUCAGAGACAGAAGCACUAAUGUUUCUGCACAGGAAGUAUGGGUUCAGCUCAGGCAACUCCUUUCCGCAGAUGACUUACCUAUACAGACUGAUUCCAUGAUGGUGUUACAAAUUCUAAGGGAUGAUAGAGAAUGGUAAAUGUAUCAAUUUGAUGUUGGGGACCCUGGUCCAGAUAGGACUGAGUCAAAAGUUAUAAGUGAAAAUCAUUCUGAUACCUCUGAUAGCAGAAUACAUGUACUAGCACUGAUGUUUCUAAUAUUUUAGGGUACAUAAUUUUCAGAUAUGGAAGCAGAGACUGAAACAAGAAAAGAAGUCUAGUAAAAAUGGGAUCCAAAGUGCAUACUUUAAGAGUUCUUAGGACUUGUUCAUCUUCACGUCUUUGAACGUCUCUUCUAGUGAACAGUGCCCAUAGCUCUAAGGUAGAGCCCAUGUUUACUAGAUAUUUUUUUCUCGUUUUGGCCCAUUCUACUACCUGUGAAAGUUGCCUACCCUACAAUCUUAGCAAAAACAGUACCAAUACAUGUAUUCCGCUGUCAGAUGUAUCAGAAUGAUUUUCACUUACAAUUUUAGACUCUGUCAUUUCCAGACCAGGGUCCCAAACCUCAGGUUGACUGAUUUCCCCUGUUGCAUUGUCCCUGGAAAUUUGUAUCAUUGUCGUGGGAUCGCCCCGUAUAAUUACGUUCUUUCUUUUAUAAAUAUUCCAUGGCAUAUGAUGUGUGAACAAUUAAAAUUUGUUUCUGUUAAUAUUCAUAUAUCAUGUAAUCAAUUUAUUAGUUCUCCUGGUCUGAUCCAUCACAGUAGAAACUUUUUUAAUGUAUUUCUUUAUUUGGUUAAUGUCUGUUUAUGGGCUGUUAUUACAUUGGCAAUGAGGUGCAAAAUUUUAAUUUAUUGUCAGUUAAUGCUACAAUUUGUAGAAUUUUUUUUCUGAUUCUGGAGUCUACCAGGUAAAGAAUGUGGCAGAGAGAAGUUUUAACUUUAUCAUUAAUUUGGUAACUUUUUCAGAUUUUAUGAGAGUAAUGGUCACAUAACCCUGAAGUGUGUGUUAUAUAGUUUAGAUUAGUCUGUAUGUUUUGCAGGGGACUAGUGGCUCUUUUGUGAUUAAACCAAAUAAUCUCAGUUAAUAUGAAAGUUUCAUACAAAUAAUAGUUUUCUUUAAAGAGACAGAAAAGCGUCCAGAAGCUAGCUUUAAAUGUAAUUGUGUAACAUUAUUAUAUGACCUGGGGUGGUGAAGAGGGGACCGGAAUGCAGUCACACAUAACUUUACAGAAAAAUUGCAGAGACAAAGAUAAAAUUUGUUUAGAUUCAGAAUUCUGCAGUUUCAGUGAAGAGUGACUUUGCAGCACAAUUCUCUAGUGACAACAAUGUAGGCGUAGUGCAUCAGUAACUAAAAAAUAAAAACAAAUAUGAAUAGUACCUAAAUUACUGUGUUUCCUUCAGUUAUAUUUAUCUGAACGUGGAUUAAAUACUGUUGUGCCAAAAAGUAAUAUUAUUAUAGAUACGACCAAACCAUGACUGAUAAAGAAGUGUUUUAUCAUUCACAAAUGUCAAAUUGGAAGGUUGGAGGGGAGGGGGGAGUGGUGGAAGACAACAUUUUAUGUGAUAGAUUGAGACUCUGUCUGGUGGGGUGUAUGAUUAUCCGGGAAUUUUAGAAUAGGAUGAAAUUCUGCAAAAUAAAAGAUUUCCUACUUUUUGAAAAUAUGUUGAGAAGUCUUCCACUGAAACCGUAUGUAGGUAAAUGCAAAAUAACACAUUUUUGUGCUGUUAUUUUUCAUCUGAUUUUAGCAGGAUUUAUCAGAACACAUGCUAGAAGUCAGCAAUAUUUUUAAAAAUAACAAUAAAAAGUCAUAGAUUUGGAAUUUAAUGAAGAGAAGUACCAACCAAGACAAGACCAUGAAAAAUAUAUUGUGGAUAGUUAUAAGAAGUUUGGUUGGCUAGGAUGGAGGUGUGGUGGUUGGGUUGCCAGAAGAACAUUGGUGAGUUUAGGACAGAUGUGCAGUAAUUGAACUGCCAGGGACAUGAACAAAUAGACUUAAAAUUUCAGAAUUUGUUCACAGAUGGAACCUUAUAGUUGACACAUUACAAAUGUUGGUUGCUCUUGAACAGUGGGUUUUAUUUAUUGCCUUCCUCUUUACUUCUCAUUUGUAUAAAUGCUCUCAUAAAUUUUACAUCCAAAAGAUUGGUGACAGCAUUUUCUUGUGUUUUAUUAUCUGUGUAUUGAUUUGGUGUUGUAGUUUAUUAUCCAGUGUUUACUAUAAACAAACAAGUGCAUCUUAUGUAAGAAUAAUAUUCAAGGAAUUCAUAAUGUUCUCAGAGGGUAAAGAACGUUUAAACCUGGAAUUUAUAUUGUUUUUAUAACAGUUAAUCCACUGAUGAUUGGUUGUUAUUAUAUUUGCAGAAAGGUGAUAAGAAGUUAGUAUAAGUACGAUUUACUAAAAAAGAAAAGCAUUAAAUGACUCCUGGGAGAAAUUAUUUCACCCAGUUUUGAUUUUAAAAUGUUGUGGAUUAAUACAGAGUUUAUAUAGCUCUACAGCAAAUGUUACAUGCUUCUAGUAGGUUUUUAAUAUUCAUUCAGAUGUUCUGUUUGUAUCUUACGAUGAUAUUUUACGAGAAGUUUUUAUAAUCGUUUUUGACAAGGUUAUGUGCAGGAAACUGAAAACUGCUGUACAGAAAAGUAAAAAUGCUGUAGUGUUCAAAUAUGGAUAAACAAAUGCUAUUUAUGGUGUUUUACACUAGUUUAAAAUACAUUUUUGAUAGAAAUUUUUGUUUUGUUAGAAUUUUAACUAUACAUGUAAAUAUCUGUAUUCAUUUUUCUCACAGUUGUUAUGCCUUCUGACUUUUUGUGGCUACUUGGAGCAAUAAAAUAAUAUUUUGGCAAUUA